AUGAAAACAGAACCGAAGAUGCACUGCAGCUGGCAAAAUGGUAAGAAUUGUUGUCAUGGCAGUGUGUGUGACCGAAUUCUUCACCCGGAGUGGUAUGGACCGCCUGAGGUUGAGUGGGACUCAGUCACUGAGUAUUCCUCUGGAGGAUCAGACACUGAAGAGACUAGUUCGUCGGCAGAAAAAAGUUAA